AUGGGAGCAGCGAGAGUAUCAACGGUUGGAAGACGUCAACUCACUGCUUUACAAAAGAUCUAUCCAGGGAUCAUGGUCGACAAAUCUCGUGCAGGAGAGCACUCAAUUCGAUUUGGUCAAGGGGAUAGCGUCGACUCUGAGGGAGCUGUUACUAUCAAGACCCCAAUUGGCGAUGUCGAUUUCUAUGUUAUAAAUAUACUGACCCCAUUCUUACUUUGCAUUGCUGAUAUAGAUCGCCACGAAGCUUAUCUUGACAAUACCACCAACUGCUUAGUUAAGGGAGAUUUGAGAGUGCUAAUUGUCUGGAAAUGGGGACAUCCUUGGUUCUUUCUGGACGAUAGUCAUACACCAGUAACUCAUGACAAUGUUAACCACAAAUCCCUUGCUGAGAUUGAGAAGUAUUGUCACCACUACCAGAUGAAUCAGCAGGCACCCCGCCGGUUCAAGUUUACAUUGACUGACGACUGUGAGUUCAAUUAUGAGAUUGUUGUUGAUAUUAUGUAUCUUGAUGGAAAGCCGGUGCUUCACGUUGUAGAUUGGGCAACUUCCUUCCAGGCAGCGAGAUUCUUAAAAUCUCUCUCAGCAAAGGAUACUUGGGAAGCACUCAGGGCGGCAUGGAUUGAUACUUACCUUGGUCCACCGGACGUCAUAUCUCAUGAUACCGGGACGAAUUUUGCAUCAAACGAAUUCAAAAUGGAAGCCAGGAUGAUGGGGAUUACAUGCCACCAGGUACUAGUGGAAGCACAUUCCAGCAUUGGUAAAGUCGAGCGGUAUCACGCACCACUAUGUAGAGCAUUCAAUAUUAUCUCUACAGAACUUGGCACUAGUGUUGACAAGGAUGUAGUUCUCCAAAUGGCAGUUAAGGCCAUUAACGAUACCAUGGGACCAGAUAGAAUUGUGCCAACCAUGUUAGUUUUUGGGGCAUAUCCGCGGAUGAUGUUGGAUUCACCGCCAUCUGCGUUGACAAUUAGACGUGCCCAGGCGACAAGAAAGGCAAUGGCUGAAUUAAGAAAGGCUGUGGCCAAGAGGAGAGUCAACGACGCUCUAAACACCAGGAAUGGCCCAAUAAUCACAGAGACACUCAACCUUCCUCCAGGGGCUAAUAUUAAAAACAAGCAAAAAGCGGAUGUCAACGUAUACCUAUCGAAGAAAGAGAAGGAUGACCUUGAACUCGCACUCAAAUUGAGACGAGAAGGAAAGAUCGUGACAGAAGAUGCCCCAUUCGAACUUUCAAGCGUUGCAGAGAUCGAUGGUCUGAUUGCAAACGGGACAUUCAAAAUUGUUCACCGAGACGAUGUGAACCUCAGGGAUCUCCGCAUAUUCAACUCCCGCUUGGUUAAUGAGAUCAAGGGGAAGAAUGAGAUCCUAUAUGAGAAAUCACGCCUAGCCAAGACGAAGUUGCAACGUAUUAUCAUUGCCAACCUGCCCAAAGAAAUGAGGAGUAAAUAUCCACCAGACUUACUACUGUUGGUAGAAGGAGCUUUGUAUGGCAUUCCCGAAGCUGGCGUCCAUUGGUUUAGCACCUACCACGAGCAUCAUAAGGUGAAAAUGGACAUGGAGACUUCUAUGUAUAAUCCAUGUCUACUCGUGACAAAACCAGGCGCUGAGAGCUUUAGCCUGGUGGGCAUGCAGACUGAUGACACACUCAUCAUUGCAACAGAAAAGUUUGCCAGGGGAUACUUCUUUGGAAUUCAAUGGCGCAAGGAUUAUUUUAGAAUUGGUUUUGUAAUCGCUAUGGUCAACGAAGACUUUUCUAAGGAAGGACACUUUAUUGCCACUGGUAACAUAAUCCAUUGGGCUUCGUCAAAGUGUAAGCGUGUAACCCGGAGCGUUCUCGCCUCGGAGAUCUAUGGGUUAACAACUAGAUUUGACCAUGGAAUUACUUUGGCAAGUACCAUCAAGAUGAUCACGGAUCGCCUCAAUUUACCUACAAUCCCAGUUGUGGUUUGCACCGAUAGCUACUCGCUAUAUAAGUGCCUCGUCAAGUUAGGAACCACAAAGGAAAAGCGCCUUAUAAUUGACCUUAUGGCGCUCCGUCAGUCAUACGAGAAAUGGGAAAUAGAUGAAAUCCGCUGGAUCCAUGGAGACGAUAAUCCCGCGGAUGCUUUCACAAAGGCGAACCCAAAUGGGGCCCUACGGGACUUCAUUGACAAGAAUAAGUUGACGAUUCGCGUGGAAGGAUUUGUGGAAAGGACCAAGCAGGAUUAG